AUGGCUCCUGUCCCCAUCGAUCCUCGCAUUGUAGACGUUGCACCACCGAGAAAAGAUACCCUCGGUCUACCGGCACCUGCUAGAGAGCGAUUGGAGAAGUCCGGGGUUGAUCUCAGCAACGGAUACCCAUAUCGACCUUCGCGUCCUCUUUAUUUGGAUGAUGUUUACAACGUGCGAAACUAUGACCGCGAGCAUGUAGACCCUGGAAGCCGCGCCGAUCCCGAAAAGAAGGCUCUUCUGUCUGCAGCCAAAGAAGUGAUUCAUCUCACGAGAAAUAUCGGCACGGAACUUGUCGGCCUACAGCUAAAGGACCUUACGGACCAACAGAAGGAUGAGCUGGGACUGCUCAUUGCCGAGCGCAGUGUUGUUUUCCUUCGAGAUCAAGACAUCUCACCACAGCAACAGAAAGAACUGGGUGAACAUUUCGGGGAAAUUGAAAUCCACCCACAAGUACCUCAGGUCCCGGGCAUCCCCGGCGUAUCCGUGAUUUGGCCCGCACUGCAGGCCACCGAGAGACCAGCUAGCUUCCGUCGACCAGGCGGUUCAUCCCAAUGGCACACCGACUUGGUACACGAAAGACAGCCAGCUGGGGUAACUCACCUUCACAAUGACACUGUUCCAACCGUAGGGGGAGAUACACUCUGGGCAAGCGGAUACGCUGCAUACGAGAAGCUCUCGCCCGAGUUUCGCAAGUUCAUUGAUGGCAAGACUGCCAUCUAUCGAUCUGCUCAUCCGUACCUUGAGCGCAGCAGCCCCGAAGCAGGGCCCAAGUACGUAGAGCGUGAGCAUCCCUUGGUCCGUGUUCAUCCAGCGACGGGAUGGAAGGCGCUUUGGGUCAACAGGGCGAUGACCGACCGAAUUGUCGGACUAGACAAGGCCGAGAGUGAUGUUAUUUUGAGAUAUCUGAAUGAUGUCUUCGAGAAGAACCAGGAUAUCCAGGUUCGGUUCAAGUGGACUCCACGAACAAGCGCUCUCUGGGAUAAUCGAAUCACCAUCCACAGCGCGAGUUGGGACUAUGAGGGUUCGGAGCCUCGUCAUGGCACUCGGGUUACCUCCUUAGCAGAAAAGCCAUUUUUCGAUAGCAAUGCCCCCACUCGGAGAGAGGCGUUGGGUCUAUUGGGACCCGAGGAGAUCGCGGAGCUGGCGAGCCUGAAGAAAUUAGAGCUCCGGUGA